AUGGAACGUCGUCAUAAACUUCUUGUGGCCUUGAUCCAAGUCAUCACUAAUUUCUUUAGGCAACUCUCUGAGCUCCUCCGUCACCUUCUCCGCGAACUGCUGGAGCGCGAACUUGAGGGCCUCGACGUACUGCCUGCGCGCGUGGGUGGUGAGUUGGUUGCACGCAUCCUCCGCCGCUUUUUUGGUGUGACGUUUGAGUUCAUUGAUGUAAUGAGUUUCGGCCUUUUCGACGUAUUUUAUAAACUCAUCGGCGUUUUUAAUGGGAUCACACUCCAGACGUUUUUGGAGUUUGUCAAGGUUAUGGUGGAUUUUUUGGAGAGUAUUCUCUUUUAUUCUCUUGAUAUUUGGAGCGUUGCCGAUUUUGUCAUCUAUCACCUCUGUCAGUUUCUUUUCGACACCCUUGGCGGCCUCUGUUAUCCCGUCACAGAGAGCCUUGAGAUGCUUCGUGACAUUGUCCGAUACGGCAGUGAGGCCCUGUGUUAUGUGGCCGACGAAAAUGCUUGCCGCUUCACCUUUAAUUGCCUCGACGGCCGGCGUGAGCGUGCUGGUUUUGUGGCUGGCGUAGUCCGUCAAGGUCCCUUCGACGUCGAUGUCUUUUCCAGUUGGCGGAUUCUUCUUGAACACUCCGGGGAGAGUGGUGGAUUGGAGGGCUGUGAGUUUAGUGUGAAUUUCGUCCUUAAAUUUUUUUACUAA